AAUGUCGGCCAAAUCAAAGAAGCGGCUGUGUAAAUUGGAAAAUAAAUUACUAAAAUUAGAAAAAUUAGAGCUAAAAGAUGUUGUUUGUUCUAUUUGUCAGUCAAUUCUUAUAGAACCAGUCACACUGCCGUGUUUUCACUAUUUUUGUCAACGUUGUUUUAAUGGUAGCAUAGAAAAUAAUGCUUUGUGUUGUCCUCUGUGUCGCUUGCGAAUUGGAUCCUGGCUUAGGACAGCAACUAAACAGAAUAAUUUGGUUAAUAUUGAACUAUGGAACGUUAUCAAGUCGAAAUUUUCAAAUGAGGUCGAUAUUAAACUAAAAGGAGAUGAUAUAGACUUACCAGAAGAGUUUACAGAAAUACCUAUACAUCGGCUGAGUGCACCCGGGGAGAUAAGAUCUGAAUAUGAAGCUGAACUGGAAAGGUUAAGAACUGAGCGUCUGCAGCAAGAAAAGAAACAUUUUGAAGAGACUGAACUCCUCAUCAAGAAAAUUCAGGAAGAGGAGAGAGAAGCGCAGAAAAAGUACAUAGAAAGAUUAAAACAAGAUGAAUUUCUAGCUAAGCAGAUACAAAACCAGGACAGUAAGCAUCCAACACAGAAGACUAGAAGAAGACAUAUUGUGAAAACAGUGAAUGCAAAGAGAGCUACAAUGGAUGGAUACUUGGCAAAAAUACAAGCACCUGUGCCAGAAAUACAGGAUAAAAUCAACCACGGAGAGGGGGAUGCUCGUGUGGGAUAUAUGGAAAAGUCAAAGCAGGAAGAGCAGCUAACAAAGAAGAACCCAAAACAGGAGAGUAAGCUGUCAGAGCAAAGAUCUCAAAGAAGGCAAAGUGUUAAGCCAGUCAACCCCAUAAAGCCAAGACUGAAAGCACCCACAAUUGAAGACUUCUUGACUAAAACUCCAGGGUCUUCCAUUACUGAAGACACUGAAAGUUCAAUACUGACGGAUGACCAGACAAGCAAAGGUGGGAACUCCUCAAGGUCAGCAGUCAGCUGCAGCCCAUCUAGUAAACACUCUCCAGAAGUAGUGCCAAGCUAUGGGAAAAUGAUUAAAAACUUCAUUGACAAAAAAAUUAAAAGUGGUACUAGUCUAUGGAAUAAAGAGAAUGGAGACAAAGAAAUGAAAGAGGACCAACAAGACAGUCCUAAAUUGGAUGUUGCUGCAGAGGACAUAAAGCAAAAGAAAACUGUGAUAAAAUCGUUACUUGUAUCACUGCCUUUACCAAACUCUGGUAUUCUACAGCACAAAACAAACGUGCCUUAUAAUCGGAAUUUGGAAACUGAUAGUGUGGACUCAAUGCAUCAAGAGUUAUGUUUCUUCAAACCCAUUGAGAAGACAUCGCCAACUAGAUUGAAAAUCAAUAAAAACCUACCAGUGCGUGUGCCGUGCGUACGCGCUGAAUUGGAGCCAUGCCCGCCACCGCCGCGCGAAAAUGUACCCAGCCGCGCUCAGUACAUCGAGGGGCUCUGCAGACUUCGUCGGCUGUCGCUAGCGCACAACAUGCCUUCCGCUUUCGUAGUAGCUCUAAAUAUACUCAAAAUUAAAAAGGAAAAUGCCAUGCAAUCUGAUAGAAAUACUAGACAAGGGGUCAAAAGAACAGUGUCUAAUAAUACCUCAACAUUACCUAUUAAGAGAAUAGCUCCUAAUAAGAAACCAGUAAAUCGUGUUCCUAAUAAUACUGCCAGAAACUCCGACGUAAACUUGAGACGCACCAGGUCAAUGGGAAGCAUAGCUAAAGAUGAGAAUGAAACUACUCCUAAAAAAGCAAACAUCCAAGAACGGAAGGUAAAUUCGGAGCGCAAGCCGCUACUGAGAAGCAGUACCAAAAAAUUGAGUGCUAAAAAAGAACUGGAAACUUCACCUCUGAUUUCAAAAACAAUAAAUAACAAUAAAGUCAAUUUAGCUGUAAAGAAUUUAUCUAGUCCAUUGAAAAAUUGUGAUGUAACUGAAAUUGUACAGGAGCAACUUAGGAUUGAGAAAAUAAUAGAACAAGAGAAGAAGGAUCUCGAGCUGGCUCGUCAGAUGGACGCGGAACUGAACGGACGCAGGCUGCGACGGGCCCCCGGCAAGCGACAGGUUACACUCAAUUAUGCUCUUAGACCUGCCAAAAAGAUGAAAGCCUAGUGGUUGAAAUCAACCUCCCGUGAUAGAAUUUUUGUUAAAUAGAAAUGUAAGAAAUUUCAGUUACAUAUUCUAAACCAACCAUUACAUGAAUACGUCAUAUUAUGUUAUAUGAAUAUAAGAUUGCGCAUUUGCGCUGCCUAGGUACAGUAUUCUCAUAUAGUAACUGUAAAGAUUUUGACUGUGUGUAGACAGGAUAGCGAUCUCUUAUUAAAACUGACAAUUCAAUGACAAAAUAGGCUUUGCCAAUUAAACUCGAGGUUUACGAUUGUUACUUUGUAUAAACUAUGAUGUAUAAUUUGUUACGAUUUGAUUUAUUACUUUUACAAACAACUGUCUGUAUUUGAUGUAGCCAUAGAGAAACACGGGCCUCUGGCAGGAUGUAGCCCCAUUAUAUAUUUUGGAGUUUCUAACGUGGCUUGGUCUAUGUCCGACUGAAACAUUGACUAAACACACACUCAUGAGUUAUGCUUUGCUCUGAGGUUAUACAUAAAAGUAAAAUGAGUGUUUAUGUUUGACAAUACAAUACAAAAACUCUAUCGCACAUGAAAACAGCAGUACAACUAUUUUGCCAAUUGUGAUUUGCUUUCAUCAGGGUUUAGAUAAUCAUUUCAUUUAGUAAAUUAUGUCCGUCGUAUGUGCAUAUACAUUUUAUUUGCGUAUGUGCCCGAUUAAAAAAAAAAGCCGAAUUGAAUUGCUUUAGUGCUGUCAACUAAAGUUAAACUUGCGGCUAUCUAGUGGCUGCGCGUAUACCACUAUAACGGAACAUUCGCAUUUGGACAUAGGCAUUCGUUUCUAAGAAUAUCUACUCUGUUUUGUUACAACUUUGUACAGAAUGUGCAUAUACUAAUAUAAAACCGUCAUUGGUAACGAUAACGAAUUACAUACAUUCAAAAAAUCCGCGCCCGCUAUCGCCAUUGGGGUGGGCGAACCCACAAGUCGUGGAUUACAAGUUUUCUUAGUAAAAUUGCUUAGUGAUCAACCCAUCGCCGAUAAGUAGCCUGUUUCGUAAGGACGUACAUUAUUUAAAACCGUUUCAUUUCUCUGUUACCAAUCAUCAGUAACAUUGCGCUAAGAGAAUGCAAAUAUUUAUUUUAAUAUACAUUGAUCCAAUAAAUUGACAUUUAUACAAAUCUAUAUUGAUUGUACUUCAUCUGCGUAUUUUAAAUCAUUCGUGGUAAUUUAUAUGAUUGGUAGCAAGCAGGUAAAACAUACAAAUUAUCAAAACUUUACAACUUGCAACAUUUUAAUAUUACAAUAUUAUUUUUAUCAGCUCAGUCACGGGAUUCUAUUAGUUAUGCCUCUGGCUCCGUCUGGCGCGUUAUCCCUGCAGGCCUAUUUUGUAACUUUUACAGCUUUGAUGCAUCAUAGAAGGAAAAAUUUAAGAGAAGAGAGGAAGGGGUAGACCUAGGAAAACAUUUAUGAAACAAAUAAGAGAAGGUGCAGGUCGUGUCGUAUCAGGAGGUGAAGGAUUUGGCGGGAAGAGAGGGAUGGCGAUUUCUCCACCGACAAGAGCGCAGCUCUUAAAUAAAGAUAGAGACGGCUUUGAUGGACAAUUCAACAUUAUUAAUUACGUCAUUUGUCUACCAAAAUGACUGUCAAAGUUACCAAAAUAGCUCUGCUGGUGUUAAAGAUAUGUAAAGAAGUUUGGUGGGUGGUAUUCAGGAAUAUUAUAAACAUUCAUUAGAAUGCCUUUUAUUUAUGUGAGAUCAGUAAAUCGAGUAUUUACUAUAUCUGCAUAGCUGAUAUUACCUAUUAUUACAGCCAUAAGAAAUUACAUCUGGGCUCUCAUUAGGUGCAUUUAUACAAAAUGCUGAUUAUUGGAACUAUACUCAAAUAUUAUGCAAGUAAAAAAUUCCUGUGAUAAGCCACAAAUACAAAGACUUUGUUAAUAGUAGCUAUAAUUUACUUUAACUGGCAAAUACAUUUUUGUUGUGAUAAUUCCGGUAGUGGUACUCCAUUUGUAAGGUGUGUAAAUAAAACUACUAUUCUACAAUAAAAGAUGUUUAUUGAUUUAUGUUUCAAUUA